UGGAAAUUUUAGCCGAAAACUAAUAGAGAGAGAAAGGAGAGAGAAAGCACUUUAGCAGUUUUAUAUGCUGCACGCAUCCAUCCACAGCAGAAAACACAAGGAGGACAAGAGAAAGAGAAAGAAAUAAAGCAAGCCCCAUUUAAAGCUUUUCUCUUUUUGUACUGUGCACACAUCACAACAAUAAUAACAACAAAAACAAAGAUGGGUUUUUGAAACCAUUACAUAACAAGAGAGAGAAAAAAAAUUAGAAGAAGAAGAACAAGAAGAUGAAGAAGAAGGUGAAUAAUGAAUGAGAUGAAGGCUAUGCCCUUACCCUUUCAGGAAUACAUAGGAAAAGGGGUGUUAGAUUUUGUUGGUGGUGGUGUUUCAAAUUCAAAUUCAAAUUCAAAUUCAGAUUCAUUUUUAUCACCACAACAACAAGAACAGUUUCUUCUUCAAAGGUGGAGGAGGGAAGAAAAUUGUUGCUAUGCUGCUGAGGGCAUUGACCCCUCUUCUCUUGUUGUUUUUGACCUCAAAAAAACCACUCCAACCUCUUCCUCUACACUGUCUUCCUCUCACGGUAGCGCCGCCGGAGGAGGCGGUUCCACUGAUAGUGCCGCUGCGGCGAAAGACUACAACAACAAUAACAAUAAUAUCUCUCAAGUUGAAGGAGGAUGUGGUGGAAUGGGAAUGGAAGAUUGGGAGAGUGUUUUGUCUGAAUCACCAAGUCAAGAUCAUUCCAUUUUGAAAUUGAUUAUGGAAGAUAUUGAAGAUGCAUCUAUGGGAUUAAGCAAGCUUUUGCAAGUUGGAAAUGGUAAUGGUAGUGGAAAUGGUUCUCAUUCUCAUUCUCAAGAUGUUGUUGAAUUCAAUGGUUUUAGUUUUAUGGAUCAACAAAGUUCUGUAGUACUUGACCCUAUUCCUUCUACUAAUGUCAACAACAACUUUGUAACAAGCAUUGAAACUUGUUCUGAUUUCCCUUUUAGUAGAUUGAAUCAAAACCCUAUGUUUCAUUCUUCAGCUAGUAAUAGUAAUAAUCCUCAGAGUUUGUUUCAAUCAAUGGAGACACAAGCAGUUAAUAAUAAUCCUCACUUUGUUUUGAACCAAAACCAAGCUGUUUCUCAGUUUAUGCCUAAUAAUAACAACCCUGGUUUGGUUUUUCCUUUUACAUAUUCUCAGCUUCAAGAGAAUCAACAACAGGUUCAGCCUCCAGCUAAAAGACUCAAUUGUGGAACAAAUUAUCAAGUUCCAAAGACACCAUUUUUGGAUUCUGGGCAAGACAUGUUUCUUAGGAGGCAACAGCAGCAGCUUCAACUGCUUCCACACCAUCUGCAGCAUAGGCCAUCAUCUGGGGUGAUGGCACCAAAGCAGAAAAUGGGGGGCGGCGGAGAAGAUGUUGCGAUACAUCAGCUUCAGCAGGCUUUAAUUGAUCAGCUUUUCAAGGCUGCGGAAAUGAUAGACGCCGGUAAUCCGGAACUCGCGCACGGGAUAUUGGCGCGGCUCAAUCACCAAGUUUCUCCCAUUGGGAAGCCUUUUCAAAGGGCUUCUUUCCAUUUCAAGGAGGCAUUACAAUUGUUUCUUCAAUCGAACAACAACAACAGCAAUAGUAAUAAUAGCUCUUUGAGCUUCUCACCGACUGGCCUCUUGCUCAAGAUUGGUGCUUAUAAAUCAUUCUCAGAAAUCUCACCAGUUCUGCAGUUUGCCAAUUUCACUUCCAACCAAGCAUUGCUUGAAGCUGUGGAAGGUUUCGAUCGCAUUCACAUAAUAGAUUUCGAUAUUGGUUUUGGUGGACAAUGGUCUUCUUUUAUGCAGGAGUUAGCACUCAGGAAUGGCGGUGCACCUGCACUUAAGAUCACUGCAUUUGUUUCACCCUCUCACCAUGACGAAAUCGAGCUUAGUUUCACGCACGAGAAUUUGAAGCAGUAUGCCAGCGAAAUUAACAUGUCCUUUGAGCUUGAGAUUCUGACCUUUGAGUCUAUGAAUUCUGCUUCGUGGCCGCAACCACUUCGUGACUGCGAAGCAGUUGUUGUUAACUUACCUAUUGGCUCUUUCUCAAAUUACCCUUCGUACCUUCCUUUGGUGCUUCGCUUUGUCAAGCAGCUCAUGCCGAAAAUUGUAGUAACAUUGGAUAGGAGUUGUGAUCGAACUGAUGCACCGUUUCCUCAGCAUCUGAUUUUUGCACUCCAGUCUUAUUCCAGUUUACUCGAGUCACUAGAUGCUGUUAGUGUUAAUGUUCACCCAGACGUACUUCAGAUGAUCGAGAAGUAUUAUCUUCAACCAGCAAUUGAGAAGCUUGUUUCGGGGCGUCUGCGUUCGCAGGAUAGAACGCUGCCAUGGAAAAACUUGAUGUUGUCAUCGGGGUUCUCACCGAUGACAUUUAGUAACUUUACAGAGUCACAAGCCGAGUGUUUGGUGCAGAGGAUUCCUGGUAGGGGAUUCCAUGUGGAGAAGAAGCAGUCUUCACUUGUUUUAUGUUGGCAAAGAAAGGAUCUGAUUUCGGUUUCAACUUGGCGAUGCUGAGAGUUGAAGGAAACAACAAUCUUGCACCUUUUAACUGCCAAUUAAAGUUUUUUUAUAAAUGCAAAGGUGCUUUAUAACUUUACUACUGCUUCUAUUAUUAUUGAUCUUUUUUCUUUUAAUAUGCCUUGGCUUACUAUGAUUCAAUGCUAAUUUGUCUAUGUUUAGGAUUUGUUAUUUCCACUGAUGAUGGAAGUAAACUUAAGUCUUAAUUAGCAACUGAAUGGCAAUUUAUAAGCUCUCUUAUGUGUAGUGAUUGUUUUUUUUUGCUUUGAAUAUCGACGUUCUAUUUA